GCGACACCACGUUGCUGUUGCGUGCGGUUAGCUUGUAGCUGGAGGACAAGAGAAAUAGACAGAUAAACUAAGUUAUUGUGUGCAGUUAAUACAGCGGUUCGACUGUGUGGGAGCUAGGCGGUUGAUAGUCAUUUUAAAAAGGGCUUUAUAAUUACUGUCCGAGUCUAAACUAGCCUGGUUAUCCGAUGCUAAAAGGCUAACCGGUAUCAGUCGCGUAGUAAAGCUGCUGCUCUGAGAGAAGGAAGCGGUUUACCUGUACAGGAGCUGUUCAGCUGUACAGGGGUAGCUUAUCUGUAGCAGGGCAAGUUAUUUUACUGGGGUAUGUUAUCUGUAGCAGGGCAAGUUAUUUUACUGGGGUAGUUUAUCUGUAGCAGGGCGAGUUAUUUUACUGGGGGAGUUGAUCUAUAGAGGGGUAGAUUCCCUGUAGUAGGGUGGGUGGCUACGUUGUUUGGGUAGUACAGCUACUUAGGGCUAGUCCCCGUUUGUUAUUACUAGCCUAGCAACCAGGAUGAAGUGCCACUACGAGGUGCUCGGAGUCGAGAGGGACGCGACGGAUGACGAUCUGAAAAAAGCCUACAGGAAACUGGCACUGAAAUGGCACCCAGAUAAGAACCUGGAGAAUGCAGAAGAAGCUGCAGAGCAAUUCAAACUGAUUCAAGCAGCUUAUGAUGUACUUAGUGACCCACAAGAGAGAGCCUGGUACGAUAACCACCGGGAGGCGUUGCUGAAAGGCGGAGUCAGUGGAGAGUACCAGGACGAUAGUAUUGAUCUUCUGCAGUACUUCACUGUGACCUGUUACUCGGGUUAUGGGGAUGACGAGCAGGGCUUCUACGCAGUGUACAGGAACUUGUUUGAGUCCAUUGCAAAGGAAGAAUUGGAGCAUAGUAAAGAUGAAGAUGAAGAGUGUGAAGACUUUCCCACGUUCGGAGACUCUCAGAGUGACUAUGAUAUGGUUGUGCACCUGUUCUAUGGCUGUUGGCAGAGUUUCUGCACGAGGAAAAAUUUUGCAUGGAAGGAAGAGUAUGACACACGGCAGGCCUCAAACCGCUGGGAGAAGAGAGCCAUGGAAAAGGAAAACAAAAAGACCCGGGAAAAGGCCAGAAAAGAGCGCAAUGAGCUGGUGCGCCAGCUAGUGGCCUUUGUGCGCAAACGUGACAAACGUGUGCAGGCACACAAAAAGCUGGUGGAGGAGCAGAACGCAGAAAAAGCCAAAAAGAUGGAGGAGUUAAGGAGGAAACAAAAACUAGAGCAGGCCCGGCUAGCAGAGAAUUAUAAGGAGCAGAGUUGGGCGGCCAUGUCUGAACUGGAGAAGGAGCUGCAGCAGAUGGAGGCUCAGUAUGGACAGCAGUUUGGAGACGCUUCAGACACUGAAGAGGAGCUUGAUGACAUGGAGGACGGAGUGGACGCAGGUGGGGAGGAUGCUGUUGAUGGUGCUGAUGAGAUAGAGGAGUUUUAUGAUGACCUUUACUGUCCUGCCUGUGACAAAUCCUUCAAAUCUGACAAAGCCAUGAAGAACCACGAGAAGUCAAAGAAGCACAGGGAGAUGGUGGCGUUGCUCCGGCAACAGCUACAGGAGGAAGAUGAGUCUCUGAAUCUGACUACAGCAGACAGAGAUGGAGAAGAAGGGGAGGCUGAGGAGGAAGAUGAAGAAGAAGAGGAGGAGAGGGACGAUGCACCUAGACAGAAGUUGUCCAAAAAACAAAGGAAAAAAAAGCGACAACAGAAAACCAUGAAUAAUGUUCCAGAAGAGCCAAAGCCUGAGAGUCAAGUUCCAGACUCCACGGAGGGCGUCAGUCCACCAGCCCAAAAGGGUAGUAAUGAGGAUGUCCCAGCCUCUGAAGACCCCACAGAGGAGAUGAAAAACAGUGGACCUGAACCCAACAAAAGUUCAGGGAAGCCAAAGGUCAAAAAAGGUGUAAAAGAUUCCAAAAAGAACAACAAACCUCAGGGAGGUGGGGAAGUAAGCCAAGAGAAGGAGCCAAACCUGCGCUGUGUGACUUGCCAGUAUGAAUUCAGCUCCAGAAAUAAACUCUUCGACCACCUGAAGAACACAGGCCAUGCCACCGCCCUGCAGUCCAGCACAGCCGCAAACACGGUGAAGAGCAAGAGGGAGAAGAGGAAAAACAGAUGACCACAGCAGUGACCAGCAGAGUUAUUACUAUUAGUAAUAUUAAUAAAGACUGAAGUACUGGAGGGGUUUAUACAGAACCUGCUUAGUCAGUGCUGUGAAAGCAUCUGUCUCUGGACUGUUUUACCAUUCGAAGUUAAUCUGAGCAAGUGUGUGCGUAUACAGGUUAGCAGUUUCUCCUUAUUCACGGUGGACACUAGGAAGCCCACAGCAUGCUAAUGCUACUACGAAUUGUUUUUCAGGAAUAGGGAAACAUAUCCAGAAAAAAAAUCAAUCAGAACUUCACUAAAUGCACUAUUUGUGGCUGAAAACGUUCUCUCUGUGAGAGCUCUCUGUUGUGAAUGUAGAGUGCAUUAUGUAUUUUAUCCUUCUCUUCCUGUAGGAGAAAUGGAGAAUAAAUUUGUCUUUGCUGCUGCUGUUGGUAUAUGA